AUGACGGAUUUCAAACUGAAGAGAGCUAAGUUCGCGAGAACAUCGUGUAUAGGUGAAUUAGCUUCACUAUUGGAUUUGGCCAAUAAAGCAACAACAGAUUCUAAUCCCAGAACCUCGUUUAGAAUUCGUUUUACCGAGAUAGAUGAUGUUCGCGAAGAGUUUAAUAAACAACACCAAACUGUAACUUCAAUCUUGUUACAAGGUGAAGAUACUGAUCUCGAUUCAGAAGAAGCAAUAAAACUUGAAUUUCAAAAUGAUUAUUUUUCUGUCAAAACUAUUUAUACUCAAUUAUUUGAUCCAAAUGAAAAAUCUUUGAAUGAAUCGACGCAAUCUGUUUUGACACGCAAGCAGGGUCUUGCUUCUUGCUUUCCUCAUUCCUUAACUCCUAACAUUCGACUUCCGCAAAUAGAAAUAAAAAAGUUCAGAGGAGAUUAUACGCAAUUUGCUACAUUUUUGGAUGUAUUUGACGCCCUUGUUCAUAACAAUCAAUCGCUCACUGAAAUUGAAAAGUUCAAUUAUUUGAUAUCCUCGUUAGAAGGACCGCCUCUAUCUUUAGUUCGCACAUUGCCGAUGACUUCUGAUAAUUAUCAGAUCGCUUAUGACUCGCUGGUCAAUAGAUUUUCCAAUGAAAGGUUGAGAGCCCAAGCUCAUUGGAACGCAAUAGAAAGCACAGGCAAAAUCAAUUGUAAUAAUCAAACCGCACUUCGCAAUUUACUAAGUACAUUCACUGAAAAUUUGGCCGCACUAAAAAACAUGAAUUUUCCUGUAGAAUCUUGGGACUUUAUCGUGUUUAUGCUCUUGAUAAAACGCUUGGAUAAUUCAACUAUCGCACGCUUCGAACUUGAAAAUGGUUCCUCUAUGAUUCCCGAAUUCAAGACUCUACUUGAAUUUCUCAAUAAAUAUUGUAUUGCAAUGGACACUCUGGGUACAUCCCAUAAUUCUAAUAAUACCAGAACGGGUGAUUCAAAUAGUUCUUCCAAUUCAAAACAACGCAUAGGAACCUAUUUCUCUAACGACAAUAAGAAUCAACGCUCAAAAUCCACUUGUACGCUUUGUAAUCAAGACCAUUCGCUUCUCUCAUGUUCAAAAUUUAUUGAAAAAACUCCCCAAGAACGUCAUUCAUUCGCCAAGCAGAAACAUCUAUGUUUCAAUUGUUUGAGUAACAUACAUGAUUUGCGAUCUUGCAAGUCUGUGAAUACGUGUCGAAAAUGUCAUCAACGACAUCACACCUUGUUGCACCUUGCACGGCCCUCCAGUGAAACUUCCGCUGGAUCAGAGGAACCUCCUUCUACCUCUUCUGAUUGGGCAGUUUUGUCAGCAUCCGCUGGUGUCUCUCAUAAAACACCUACAGUUCUAUUGUCCACCGCGUUAAUUGAAGUCAGAGAUAAUUUUGGAAUGUUUCAUCGUUUUCGUUGCUUGAUUGACAGUGGAUCCAUGUCUUCUUUCAUAACUCGAAAGGCUGCGAAUUUGUUAGGUUUACCCCGGCACAAACUUGAUGUUGAGGUAAAAGGUCUUAAUUCCAUGAAAAUGAACGCUUCUUAUGGUUCUUUAGUUUUAAUGUUUCGCCCAUGUAAAUUGAAUGGUCCUGUUUUGUUGACAGACGCAAUAAUUUUAGACAGAAUUUGUGAUGAGAUACCUUCUCAUCCGAUUCCUGUUUCCGCUUGGUCCCAUUUAGCGCACAUAAAAUUAGCCGACGAAUCCUUCCAUACCCCUGGUAAGAUUGAUAUUUUAUUAGGCGCAGAUGUUUUUUCGAAAAUCAUGUUGACUGAACAGAUAAUUGGAAAACCUGGUCAAAUUGACGCUAUGAACACCAUUUUCGGUUAUAUUUUAAUGGGGAAGUUCUAUUGUAAAUCAAAACCAUCUAUAUCAACAUUUUUAACUUCAUGUUCAGAUUUCUCCACAGAUAUUUCUCUGCAAAAAUUUUGGGAACUUGACUCCUUGCCUUCAGUAGAACCGAUAUCCCCUGAUAACAAACUAUGUGAUCAGAUAUUUUCCGAUCAACACUAUCGCGACAGCGAGGGUAGAUACGUCGUUUCGCUUCCAUUUCGCAGUUGUUUGCCGCAGUUUACUGGAAUGCGUGAACUGGCGCUGCAAAGGUUCUUUACUCUUGAACGAAGACUUUUGAAAACGCCCGAUUUGUAUAAAUUAUAUGUUGAGUUUAUGCGGGAUUAUCUUGAAUCCAAUCAUAUGGAGAUUAUUCCUUACGACUGCAUUAAUCGAAACUCAUAUUAUCUUCCUCAUCACUGCGUUGUAAAAGCUCAGAAUAGUCAGAGUAAAAUUCGUGUAGUAUUCAAUGCUUCCGCAAAAUCUCCUUGUUCUGAAGAAGGUUCACUAAAUGAUCAUCUUCUUACCGGGAAGAAACUUCAAAGGGAUAUAAUUUCGAUUUUACUUCGUUUUCGGUUGCAUGAAUAUACAGUAUGCGCCGAUAUCCGACAGAUGUAUCGCAUGAUUCGUAUAAGGCCAGACCAUGCAGAUUAUCAACGCAUUAUUUGGAGGUUUUCAGUCGAUGAGGCACCUCAAGACUAUAGGUUACUCACAGUAACGUAUGGUGUAAAUAGUGCCCCAUAUCUAGCAUUGCGCACCCUCAUUCAGUUAACUGAUGAUGAGGGUCCUAAAUUUCCUUUGGCUUCAAAAGCACUACUCGAAAAUACGUAUGUUGAUGAUAUCGUUGCUGGCAAUUCGUCGUUGGAAGGAGCCAAACUGUUGCUCCAGCAACUAGUUGAACUUUUGAAUAGGGGUAAUUUCGAACUUAGAAAAUUUUCUUCCAAUUGCCCUUCCGUUUUGGCAGGAAUACCGUCUUCACAUAUGUCAGCUGAUCCUCUGACAUUUGACCAGGAAGAUGAACACUUUUCUUUGAAGAUUUUGGGUUUGCAAUGGGAUCCAAAGGGAGAUUGUUUUCGCUUCAGCUUUGAACCCUUGAAUAAAUCUUCUACAAAGCGACACUUACUUUCCCAAAUAGCUCGCAUCUAUGAUCCCAUGGGUUUUUUAGCUCCAGUGACUUUUCUCCUGAAGCACCUCUUGCAAAGAGUCUGGUCGUCAGGUAUUGAUUGGGAUGAUGAACUUCCUCCAGAUAUCGCUAGAGUCUGGGAUGCAUUCAAAUCCCAAAUUCAGAUCCUAUCCUCGAUCACCAUUCCUCGCAAACUUCUCUCCCCGAAAGCCAAGUCUUACCAACUCGUAGGAUUUUGUGACGCCUCUGAGAGGGGUUACUGCGCCGUGGUUUAUAAUCGUAUGAUUGAUGACAACGAUCAACCAAAUAAUAAUUUUUUAUGCGCAAAAACUAAAGUUUCUCCUCUGAAACGAAUAACAAUUCCGCGUCUUGAAUUGUGCGGUGCUGUACUGCUAGCCAAGCUCCUCUCAUAUUGCCUUCACGUAUUUCGGGAUUCUAUAGAUUUUUGUAAAGUUUACGCUUUCACGGAUUCCCAAAUCACAUUAGAUUGGAUCAAGGGAUCACCACAUCGGUGGCCUACAUUUGUAGCCAACAGAGUAGCUCACAUCCAGGAGGAGGUACCUAGUGCUUCGUGGUAUCACAUUGACUCCAAAAAUAACCCCGCUGAUGCCGGGUCCAGAGGGUUAUUGCCUUCAGAAUUCGCCUAUCAGUCCAUUUGGUUUGAUGGACCUCAAUUAUUGCACACGCCUUCAAGCUCAUUUCCUGUUAAUAUCGAUAUUGAUGUGACCACUCAACAGAACAUUAAUAAUUUUUGCUCGAAACUUUCAGAUGUGUCCGCCCUUUCACCUGGUCAUUUCCUUACCCUUGAACCACUUAAUGCCCUUCCUUAUCCCGAUAUUACCCAACUUCCCUUGAACCGCCUUAGUCGUUGGCAAUGUCUCCAGCGAAUUCAACAAGAUUUUUGGAAACGUUGGCAACGUGAAUACCUGAACACUUUGCAGCAAUGUUCCAAAUGGUACACGCCGGACAAUAAUCCUCCUAAACUUGGAGAUUUAGUGCUCAUCAAAGAUGAGAGGCUUCCUCCUUGCCAAUGGGCACUUGGACGAAUUUCAUCUCUGUCCAAUGCAAUCGAUGGACGUUCCCGCAUCGCCACUGUUAAAACCCGAUCUGGUUUCUUGAAGAGACCGGUUGUUAAGCUUUUCCCUUUGCCUGUUGAAAUUUGA